CUCUUAUCUUGCACUACCCUACGACACACAAAAUGGCAGCAGCAGCAGCAGCAGCAUCGUCGUUGGCUUCGACUGCGGCAACCAAGCUGACCGGCUUUGACUUUUGGCGCACUGCACUCCGCAGCGCACGCCUCGUCGUCGCCCCAAUGGUGGACCAGUCCGAGCUGGCUUGGCGCAUGCUCAGCCGCCGCUACGGAGCAGACCUCUGCUACACGCCAAUGUUCAACGCGCGCCUGUUUGCAGAGUCGCAGCUGUACCGUGAUGAAAUGUUCUCGACCUGUGCGGAAGACCGGCCGCUCGUCGUCCAGUUCUGUGCAAACGACCCAGACCACCUGCUUGCCGCUGCAAAGCUCGUCGAGAACGACUGCGACGCGGUCGACCUCAAUCUCGGUUGCCCGCAGCACAUUGCGCGCCGUGGCCACUAUGGCUCGUUCCUGAUGGAAGAGUGGGACCUGAUCGAGCGGAUGGUGCGCAAGCUGCAUGAAAACCUCAAAGUACCCGUCACUUGCAAGAUUCGAAUCUUCCCCUCUGUCGAAAAGACCGUGCAGUAUGCGCAAAUGCUCGAGCGAGCGGGUUGCCAGCUGCUGACUGUGCAUGGUCGUCUGCGAGAGCAAAAAGGCCACAAGACUGGCCUGGCAGACUGGAGCUACAUCCGAGCUGUUCGGGAGGCGGUCAAGAUCCCCGUAUUUGCCAAUGGCAACAUUUUGUACAAUGAGAAUGUCGAAGAGUGUAUUCGACAGACUGGCGUGCAAGGCGUGAUGACUGCUGAAGGCAACUUGUACAAUCCCGCUCUCUUUUCUGGCCAAAUGCUGCCGGUGCACCGUGUUGCCAAAGAGUACAUGGAGCUUGUCUCCCAGUAUCCCACGCCUCUGGCCUAUGUGCGUGCCCACCUGUUCAAGAUUUUCCAUAGCAGCCUGCCUUUCAACAUUGGACUGCGUACGCGACUUGGCGAUGUCCAUACGCCUGAAGCUCUCGAUCAAGUCGCUCGUGAGCUGAUAGAGUGGGUUGAAAGCGAGGAGCGCAAAUUCCAAGAAUCUGGCGAAGCCCUGCCACCAGCCCCUCAGUAUCCUCACUGGAUUUGCCAGCCGCAUUUCCGUGUGACUGAAGGUGUGCCAUUCACUCCCGAGAUGAUUGCCGCAGGCGUGAAACCUUUUGAGCCCCGCGCUCCGGGUGCACGCCGCCCGCCAGCGCAAGAGCCUGAGGAAGACGCAUACCGCAGCAGUGAUGCCAGUGCGACGGCCUUUAUUAUUUCGACGUCGGCCGAGGUUGAACCUUCGGCGCCGCCGUCUCCCACCCCAGCAUCAGCAGCAGGUCCCUCUACCUCGUCAGCUGCGCCCUUCAAGCGUGCCUCAGAUUCGGAAUCAACGUCCAAGGCCAAGCGACCGCGUAUCGUUGACACGUGCGUCGUGUGCAAAUCAGUUCGCUCGUACAAGUGCGAUCAUCUCAUGUGCCGCAACUGCUGCCGAAAAAUUUGCACCCUUGACGGCAAGAGCUGCCUCGGCCACAAGUUUGUCCGUGCGCUCCAAAAGCGAGCGGCGAACGCUGGUGCUGAGGCUGCUGUCGUUGCUGAGGCUUCUGCCGCUGCAGCUGAAGCCGCUGAGGCUGCUGAGGCUGCUGAGGGUGCCUCCGAGGCCCCUGCACCUGCAGAUGCUUCGACAAACAUGGUUGUUGACAAUGCUGUGCCAGUCCAAGAGCCUCAACCUGCAUCUGCUCUGGCGCAGUAGAACGUGGAUACAUGCAUUCCUUUGUAAUACACGCUUCGUUUGACCUUU